AUGUCCACACGAGAAGAGACGGUCACUGAUCAGAAACAUAGCAGUGCUGACGUCAUUUCCCGAUCAAAGUUACCAGACAUUUACAUCCCAAACCAUCUCCCUCUCCAUGACUACAUCUUCCAAAACAUCUCCGAGUACGCCGCAAAGCCUUGCUUGAUCAACGGUCCCACCGGCGACGUUUACACAUACGCCGACGUGCAUGCCACGUCACGCAAACUCUCCGCCGGUCUUCGCAAGCUCGGCGUGGGCCAGCACGACGACGUGAUGAUCCUCCUCCCGAACUCGCCGGAGUUCGUUUUCACCUUCCUCGCCGCCUCUUUUUUCGGCGCAGUCACCACCGCCGCGAACCCUUUCUUCACCCCAGCGGAGAUCUCUAAACAGGCCAAAGCCUCCGCCGCGAAACUCAUCGUCACGCAGUCCCGCUACGUCGACAAAGUCAGAGACCUCGGCCUCUUGAUCAUCUGCACAGACUCCUCCUCCCUCAUCCCCGAAGGCUGCCUCAGCUUCUCCGAGUUGACUCACUCCGGAGAAGAAGACCACGACCCCCGAGUUAACUCGGUGGAGAUUUCCCCUGAAGACGUCGUGGCGCUACAUUACUCCUCAGGCACGACGGGUCUCCCCAAAGGAGUGAUGCUAAGUCACAAGGGCCUCGUCACGAGCGUGGCGCAGCAAGUGAACGGAGAGAAUCCGAACCUCUACUUCUGUAGAGGAUGGAUUUGA